CCUCCCAGCAAUUUAAUGAUGAAUAAUUUGUAAAUGUUGUCCCAAGUAUAUCAGAAUAUUUUUUUCUUUGCUUUAUAUUUCAUGGAAUCCACCGGUGGCUUCAUAGAACUAAGAGUAAUUUCUUGCAAGUCUCUUAAAGCAUUCAACUUCUUCCAGAAGCUCUCAGUCUAUGCCUUUGUUUACAUUGCGGGUGAUGAUGACAAGAAAACAGAUCGGAAACAGCUUAAGAGGACACCGACUGACAGAGAAGGCGAUGGAAAUCCCGAGUGGAACCAUACGAUACGGUUUGAAGUUAGCGACGACUUGUUUCGGGAUUGCGAUAAAAUAUUUGUUCACUUUGAUCUGCGCCACGAAGGAGCCAUGUUUGGGGACAAAACAAUCGGGGAAGUUGUGGUUCCUUUACUGGAUCUGAUCCAAGAGUCUAAUAAUGGAGUUGUUAGAUUUGUGACUUACCAGGUACGGACUACGGAUGGCAAAGCAAAUGGAGAGUUGAAUUUCUCUUUUAAGGUGGUGAAUAUUGGGAAGGAUGAGGGUUCAAAGGUGGAAACCCCGGCGAGCCUGAUAACUGGCUAUCCCCUAUUUUAUCAUCACUCCCCUGCGCCUGAGCCUUCAUUGGAAGUUGAGAGCGAAUCGCCGAAAGCCCAUUAUCCAGUUCUAGAUUUAGAAGAUAUGUUGGUGCAGGGACCUCAUCAGCUUCACCCUACAUCGUCUGGAAGUCAGCAUCUGAAUCUGAUCCAAGAAACUAAUUAUUUUCUGCCACAAAAUGGUUACUAUGAGCUACCUCCGCCGCCCCCGCCUCCGCCUCCGCCUCCGCCUCUGCCAUAUCCUCCCCCACCCCCCGCAGCCACGGCAUAUGGCGGACCUUAUUAUUACCGCCACCCACCUCCUCCACCAGGGUCCAAUAUAUGGGGUCUCACCCCUUAUGUGGGUGGUCCUGGUUAUUGUGCACCUGAUGGGACGCAGCUCGGCUCUGCUGACGUACCGUUGGAGACUUGGCCGAGUGGUUGGCAGGAAUAGAGUGUGGAAGGAAAUUACCAUGCAUCUUCUGGGAAUGGUUGGUGAGGUUAAUUUUUAGCAAAUGUUUUUGAGUUGCCAUGUAUUAUUAUUAUUAUUAUUAUUAUUAUUAUUUGCUGAUGAAUGAUAAAAUUGUGUAUUUAACUAUCAAAAA